GAAGAACCCUAGUCGUUUCAAUCUGAACCCAAAGCUGCUUAAUGGACCGCUCCAAUCUGAAACGAAUUUUGGAAGAAGACGACACGUCGGCGAAGGCUCCGCCAGCGAAGAAGGUUAGGUUUCCGAAGGGGAAGAAGGUGAAGCCCGAAGAUGAAAAAGCCAGAGUCGGCGAUGCGAUCGGUCCGACGCCGCACACGGAUCCUAGCCUCGCCGCGAAAGAGAGGGCCAAGCGCCGCAGCGAAGAGAAGGUCAAGCUCAGCGGCGAGAUCGCUAAGCUCUAUACAGACGACGACGACGCCUCCGGCGACGAGGCCAGGAAAUCGGGGCGGCAGAACUUCGUUGAGGACGGCAUGCAGUUCGAGCCGUUUAACUUGGAGAAGGAGAAGGAAGAAGGCUAUUUCGAUGCGGAUGGGAAUUUUGUGGAGUAUGUGGAUAAGAAUCAAGUCAAGGAUGCUUGGCUUGAUAGCUUGAACAAGGCUGUUGAUCCGGAAACGACGAGGAAAUUCGCUGCGAAGAAUGGGGAUGGUGGUGAAGGUGAUGAUGAAGGUGGUCAGGAUUUGAGUUCCGAUGAGAUUGGGAAGAUUAAGAGGCGGAUUGCGGAUGCGCUGGAGCCGGAGGAGACUGUUUUGCAGGCUCUGAGGAGGCUGAAGGGGAACAAGAAGGAGAAGAUGCCGGCCGAGAGGAAGGCGGUGUUUGAUCAGCUGACUGAGGAUGCUAUGGUGUUGAUGAUGAAGAAUGGGGAGAACAAUGUGUAUGAUGAGGAGAAGGAGGUUUUCGAGAGGGAGGCGCAGGGGUAUGAGAGCUUGGCUAAGGCGAGGAUGGGGGAAGGGAAGUCGAUACUGGAUGAGCUCGAGAGUGAUGCUGGGGCUUUGAAUUCGAUCGCGUCCAUUGGUGGUGUUGGUGGUGGUGAGGGAGGUGGCACUGUGGCUGAUGAUGAUGCAUUUGAUAUGUUUGGGGAUGAUGAGCCUGCAGUUGUGGCCAAUGCUGCUGCUGCUGCUGCUGCUGCUGAGCCGGGUUUGGAGAACAAUGGUGGAGGAUUGGGGAAUGAUUAUGUGUUUGAUGAUGCUUCUGGGUACUACUAUAGUCACAGCUUGGGGUACUAUUAUGAUCCGAAUACAGGGUUGUAUUGCUCGGCAGCGUCAGGGUUGUGGUACUCGUACAAUGCUGAGACUGGGACAUAUGAUGAAGUUGCACACCAGGCACCUGAGGCCACUGCAGCCGCUGUGAAUUGAGUAGGGAAGAAGCGAAGAGCUGAAGAGGCUUACUGCUUCACUGUUUUGUGCAAACUUUGUAAUGAGUUCAAUAGUCAAUACUAGUGAGUUUUAGAUAUUGAGUUUCGGUAUUGAUGCCAGUUCUAUUUUCAAGAGACAUCAGAGCAUCUUCGUAGCCUUGAUCAUAGUGUUUUCUUCUAGUUAAAAUCACUCUUAACAGGUUUAAGAUUUUUAUUAACAAAGAACAAUGUUCUAAAUUAGUGUUG